GUAAAAAGAUCAAUUGGGAAGAAAUGGAAAGAUUAUAAAUGUGACUUAAAGGGUAUAUAUUUGGGACAGUACAAAACCAAAGAUGUUUUAUUGAAGAAUAGACCGGAACGAAUCCCAAGAGAUCAAUGGAUUGGUCUUGUCUCAUAUUGGUUCUCUGAUAAAGCAAAGAAACGUACCCAAGCAAAUAGGAUUAAUAGGGCAAAGCAAAAAAUGCCUCACACGGGAGGAUCCAAAAGCAUUGCAACUUUGAUGGAUGAACUGGCCAAGGAUGGAAUCGAACCUUCACGAGCAGAGAUUUUUCUCAAAAUUCAUAAAAGGCGUAAGGAUGGUAGACCAUUGGAUGAGGAGUCUGCAAAAGCAGUGGAACUAAUUGAAGAGAAGUUGAAUAAUGGCGAGCUAUCUAAUGAAGAAUCUAUUAAUGGUGUUGCUUGGGAAGGAGAUAUUUAUUCUCAAGUAUUGGGAAGUGAUAGAAGUGGUUACGUACGUGGUUUAGGACUUGGUCCAACACCUUCUAUAUUGUGGGGUAAUAAAUCAUCUUAUGGUAAAUUUGUUUCAGAUGCUUUAGCUAAUGAGGUUGCUCAAAAAUUACAACAAGAAAUAAAGGUGCUAAAGGAGAAACAUGAAGAAGAAAUGAAGUUGAUGAAAGAAAAUCAAAAUAAAAUGUUUGCUGAAUUAUCUUUUAUGAGACAAGUUUUGUGUAAGCUUGUUUCAACAGGUUCAUCUAUGACUCAAAAUUUCAAUGAAAAUUCUUUUAUGCAGGUUCCUGAUGCUAAUAGUGGUCAUGAGUUAGCACCAUCCAGCACUUAAAAUCAGAUGGUGUUAUAGGAAUUGGCAUCACUAUAACUGCUGUGGGACUCAUAGUUGGUGGCUUUGUUGCACUGUUAGCCUAGAAGAAUUAGCAUAUUUUGGCUUUUUUUUUAUUUUUUGCAAAAUGUAUUAAAA